AUGAUGUUUGGAUCUUCCGUCAAAACCAUGAUGCUCGGAGGCAGCAAAGCGAGAAUUCUUUCUUCUCUGGCCCACACCACCGGUCGUCGAUUGGUUCCUCGUCAGAGUAGCGUCUUGUUGACCAACCGAUGGUUUUCCAGUGAUCCCCAUCGCAUCCAAGACAACAGCGCUUCGUUCAACAACAACAGUCACUAUUCCCUCCACACGGAACCAGCUGCCAGCAUCAACAGCAAUGAAUCCUUCUUGACUGAUGAGAAGGCCAGAACUUCCAUUCUAAUGGAAUUAUCCGAUCGUGUGGGUGUGUUGCACGACGUGCUAAAGCACUUUUGGAAGUACGAUAUCAAUGUCACUCGCAUUGAAAGUCGUCCUUUGCAAAAGGGAUGCAAUAAUGACAGCACCCAAGAUACCUUUGAUUUCUAUUUGGACUUUGAUGGAGAUACGCAGGAUGACAACGUGCAGCAACUCCUCCAGGCACUCAAGCCAUUGGCCAACAAGGUACUCAUUUUGGACAGCAAAGAUGUCUAUUGGUUCCCUCGACACAUUUCGGAACUGGAUCUCGUUGCCAACCGCACAUUGGAUGCGGGUGUGGACUUGGAAUCGGAUCAUCCCGGCUUUCACGACACGGAAUAUCGUGCCCGAAGGGCCCAAAUGGCCGAGAAUGCCCAAAAACACAUUUGGAACAAACCCAUUCCCCGAGUCCAGUACACACAAAAUGAAAAAGAUGUGUGGUCGGCUGUGUGGGAUAAAAUGGAAGGACUGUUGGAACAGCAUGCCUGCAAGGAAUAUCUGGAAUCCAUGGAACUCAUGAAGAAACAUUGUGGCUACAGCCGCAAUGACAUUCCUCAGCAGGAAGACAUUAGCGCAUUCUUGAUGGAACAAAGCAACUUUCGAAUGAGACCCGUGGCGGGGCUUUUGUCGUCUCGUGACUUUCUCAAUGGGCUCGCCUUUCGAGUCUUCUUCUGCACCCAGUACAUUCGGCAUCAUUCCAAGGUGGGUGGGUCCAUGCUACCAACGUUCCUCUUCAAGUGGAUGGUUGUUUUGUACUUGCUUUAUUCGAUUCUCAUUACUAUUAUUUUCUGUCGUGUUGAUUCCUGUACCGUACUGCAGCCACUGUACACUCCCGAGCCCGACAUUUGCCACGAGCUCUUGGGUCAUGCUCCCAUGUUUGCCGAUCGAGAUUUUGCCGACUUUUCGCAGGAAAUUGGGCUCGCCAGUUUGGGAGCAUCCGAUGACGAUGUCCAAAAACUGGCGCAUUGCUAUUGGCAUUCGGUAGAAUUUGGAUUGUGCCAACAAGAUGGUAAAAACAAGGCGUACGGUGCGGGACUGCUGUCAUCGUAUGGAGAAUUGGAGUAUGCCUGUGCGGACGACCAUCCCGGAGCGGAUGAGCCUCCAACGAUCAAGCCGUGGGACCCCGAAGUGGCCGCUCAUCAGGCAUUCCCCAUUACCACGUACCAGCCAGUGUACUUUUUGGCCGAGUCUCUCCACGAUGCCAAGCAACGCAUGCGUACGUACUGCGAAGGAUUACAGCGUCCCUUUUUUGCACUGCACAAUGCGCAGAACGAUUCCAUCCACAUUGACCGACCCGUCAAGCGCACUCGUGGGGUCCCUACGGAAGAGGAAGCUGCAGCUUAG